AUGAGUCUAUUGAACGUAUUACUCCAUAAACCCGGGCUAAAAAGGACUAUUAUGUCGAACAUUGGAAUAGGCAAACACCUACUUGGACAAACAGCUGUAGAGAGUAAAAAUGUGUUAAUUAGCCCAGAAAAUAGUUAUUUUUAUAGAGUAAACAGUGAUCAAGGAUCAGUCCAAGGACCUUCUUCAAGGGAAAUAAUCACACCAAUAAUUCCCAAGAUAGUCAACCUUCCAGAAUUUAUAAACAAUGUGGAGUACAAUAACCCAGUAAAUGACCAUAAAAUAAUAACGAGAAUCGGAAACACAAAUGAAGAAUACGUUGACCAGGUUACACACGAAAAGUACCUGUUUAACAAACUACGAAAUGAUACGAAACAUCGAAAAAGAGCUUUCGUAAAGAGGGGGUAUUUUAGAAGAACGAGGUGCCUGGAAAGGAAACUAAAUAGACUGUCGUACGCCUAUGCACUCCAGGGAAUAGACUAUGAAAUGCUGGAAAGUUUAGAAAUGGGAGAAUUGCCAGAUUUAAAGGAUUUUAAGAAGUAA